AGUAGUAAAAUCUAUGUGUUUUUACCUUUAAGCCCUUCAACCAAACUUACAUUGCUGAUGUUUUCUGUAAUUAUGGGUAUAUUAGCGUUUUUUGGAAAUGUUCUCAUACUUUGUUUUGUUAAGUCGAACCAAAGUGCAGCGUCCUUUCUUAAGUCUUGUUCUUUCCGGAAAAAUUUUGAUGUCUAUAUCUCCAGCCUUGCUAUAUCUGAUGCACUUUGCGCGUUUAUAGUUCUUCCGCUUACUGGUUGUCAGUUAUUUUUUGAAGUUUUUGAACGAGGAUGGGGCUGUAGAAUCCUUCGCUACUUGGGUAUUUUCUUUCCUUCAGUUACCAUAAAUAAUCUGUUGAUUAUCAUCUUUGGAAAAUAUUUUUCAACACGUCAGAUACCUCGUAUACUGAAACAUUCUACUGUUAAAAAAUUGCUUUACCUUACCUGGUUCUCAACAUGUGUUUACGUAUUGCUCCCCGUUGCAACUAUGGAGGGGAUUAGAUAUGAUCUAAAUGACACACAUUACACUGUAGUUUGCAGGCCUAAUCAUCAGUAUGUGUCAUUUGGAGUAGUGAACCUGGCCUUUAUAGUUUUUCAAUACUUUUUGCCAAGUAUUGUGAUUUUUACUUUAACUAUAUGCUUGAUCUUGACUGUGCGGUCAAGAAUGAAAAGAGCUAUCGACAUCCAAUGUGAUAAUGCUAUCAAAGUCAUGAAGAGGGCUGAAAACAGACGAUUAACCAUGAUAUUGGUUUCUAUUAUGCUUAUGUUUAUUUUUUCAUAUGCAUUUUAUUUAAGUUACUUAAUUUUUACAAUUUUGACAAGAUCACAAGAUCACACCAUGAGUUUUGAAAGUGAUUUUCUCAUCCGUUAUGUGGGUGCUCUGUUGGCGUUUUCCAACAGUCUCGUCAACGUGAUAAUAUAUCUUGUUCAAAUGAAGGAUUUUCGGCACUUUUUAAAAACAAAGAUCACUUCGAAUUUUUCGAACUAA